AUGGAUAAGCUUUCACUUGGUAUACUAGUCUACCAACUAACUCUAUUCAAACCUGGGAGCAAACGGAAAAUGAUCCAGCCGGAAGUCACCAUAAGUGAUCUUGCUGCCCUCAAACAGAACGAAGAUGAGCUUGCCCAGGAUUUCAUAACCAGAUUCAGGAAACUUAAGAUGAAAUGCCAGAUCCCUGUGGAAGAAAGGCACUUCAUCCAGAUGGCUCAAACUGCCCUUAAAAUCUCUAUGAGAAAAAGAUUUGAUGGGAUGCUGUUUGGAGAUCUGGCAGAACUGGCAGACAAAGCAUCUAAAUAUAAAGAGCUGCUUAGGGAAGAACAACAGAAGAUGAACUCUUCCAAAGGCACAUACUACAAGUCCCCUUCUUUUUCAGUCCAUCUGGUUGAGGUAGAAUCAGAAGAAGACACGAAAGGCUCGGAGGAAAGAGAAAUUGCCGUGGCAGAAAUGGCAAAAUUAAAACAUCCCAUUAGUUGCAAGGCUCUUACAAAGCCACUAAAGGACUAG